AGGGAGCCAACUGGCAGCGAUUGAGGCAAACUCUCGGAGGGCACUCUCUUCCCCUGAUUGUCCAGGACAUGCUCGGCCAACCAGAAAGGAGGAACGGCAGUGCAGCGAACAGCCCUCAUGAAAGAGUCCAGUAACUUUCCACAGCCACACCUGCUGGACAUAUCCGCAGCCAUUUCCCGAGGUACUCCAGCAUUCAGUGACAUGGAUGUGUAGUGUUCUGAAGGAUUAAAGAGACUCCUCCCCUAACCAUUGAUCGGUGAAAGAUCAGACAUCAGCCCUUUGUGACCUCAGAGCAUCACGCAAAGGCCCCGCCCCAGCACUGAGCAGACAUGUUGUCUUUGGCCUUGCCAUUGGCUGCACAGUAAAAGGUAACCAUGGCAAUGACAGGUCAGACUUCCUGCUCUUCGAUGAGUAACCACACAAAAGAACGUGUGACUAUGGCCAAAGUGACCCUGGAGAACUUCUACAGUAACCUGAUCGCCCAACACGAGGAGCGCGAGAUGAGGCAACAGAAGCUAGAAAAGGUGAUGGAUGAAGAGGGCCUCGCUGAUGAAGAGAAGCGAUUACGGCGCUCCCAGCACGCCAGGAAGGAGACUGAGUUCCUGCGGCUUAAGAGAACCCGGCUGGGCCUGGAUGACUUUGAAUCCCUGAAGGUCAUCGGGCGGGGGGCCUUCGGAGAGGUACGGCUGGUGCAGAAGAAGGACACGGGACACGUGUACGCCAUGAAGAUCCUUCGGAAGGCUGACAUGCUGGAGAAGGAGCAGGUGGGCCACAUCCGUGCAGAGAGGGACAUCCUGGUGGAGGCCGACAGCCUGUGGGUGGUGAAGAUGUUCUACAGCUUCCAGGACAAGAUGAACCUCUACCUUCUCAUGGAGUUCCUGCCUGGAGGUGACAUGAUGACACUGCUGAUGAAGAAGGACACGCUGACAGAGGAGGAGACCCAGUUCUACAUCGCGGAGACGGUGCUGGCCAUCGACUCUAUCCACCAGCUGGGCUUCAUCCACAGGGACAUCAAGCCCGAUAACCUGCUGCUGGACUCCAGGGGCCACGUCAAGCUGUCGGACUUCGGCCUGUGCACCGGACUGAAGAAAGCCCACAGAACCGAGUUCUACAGGAACUUGAACCACAGCCUCUCCACGGACUUCAGCAAACAGACACACUCCCUCCAGAACAUGAACUCCAAAAGGAAGGCCGAAACCUGGAAGAGGAACAGACGGCAGCUGGCCUUUUCCACAGUGGGAACCCCAGACUACAUCGCUCCAGAGGUCUUCAUGCAGAAUGGAUACAACAAGCUCUGUGAUUGGUGGAGCCUGGGGGUCAUCAUGUACGAGAUGCUCAUUGGGUACCCCCCGUUCUGCUCCGAAACACCCCAGGAGACGUACAAGAAGGUGAUGAACUGGCGGGAGACUCUGGUCUUCCCCCCUGAAGUGCCCAUCUCUGAGAAGGCCAAGGACCUCAUCCUGAGGUUCUGCUGUGAAUGGGAGCAUCGGAUCGGGGCCUCAGGAGUGGAGGAGAUCAAGCGGAACCCAUUCUUUGAGGGAGUGGAUUACGGCCACAUCAGGGAAAGGCCUGCCGCUAUCCCUAUCGAGAUCAAAAGCAUCGACGACACGUCCAACUUCGACGAGUUCCCCGAGUCCGACAUCCUCCAGCCAACAGCAUCUGCAGUGGUGACCAAUCACACAGAAGCAGAAUACAAGAACAAGGAUUGGGUCUUUGUCAACUACACCUACAAGCGCUUUGAGGGGCUGACGGUAAGGGGGGUUAUCCCCUCCUACAUGAAGAGCGGGAAACGAUAGACCUGCAGCCACACUGGCCCUGCCCCCUUGCCCCUCCCAAACCCCUCCUUUCCUGUUCCAGCCCCGGCCUUACGGAGCUUUGCCCCGUGCCCUCCACUUCAGAUGCACCCUUCUUUGGAUACACAGCCUUGUCCCCCCCCCCCCCCCCACACAGUCUGAAGCCUUAAUUUAAGUUCAUUAGACCAGCGAGUCAUUUGGGGCCUCUCCCUACACCUCCUGUGUCAUGAACCAUAAGUCCGUUCUCCAAUUUGGGACCAGGAUGUUGGAACAUCUUGUGACCUUUCCUUUUUUAAUCUUUCUUUUUCUGGCUUAUGAACCUAUGGCGAGUGAUUGGCUGAAGGGUUAAUGGCAUCAUGGCUGCCUGGGCUUCUUGGAGCUUUAACUGUAUGAUUUGAUUUAGUGUUGCGCCCCCUUCAGGCUGCAGCUCCAGGUUCACGCCAGCAGAACUGGCCCUGCUCGGGCUUCCUCCAUGUCUUCCAGCCGUCCUGCUCUCCACGUGUAACCUGGCGAGGGGACCCUGUGCACAGUCUAGCUUGGACAGUGGCAUGCUAAUGCUUUUCACAAUUGUAGCGUGUCACAUUUUAGAAUCAAGGGCUACUUUUCUCUGCCUUUCCUUUUCCCUCGAUUAUGUUUUUUACAUUUUUUUACAUUUUUUUUUUUACUCAAGAUAAUCAUUGCAAAGGUGCUUGAUGGAUGGCUUAGCAGAAUCAGGAUUUCUUCAAAUACUUUGCUUCAUUCCUUGACAAAAAAAGUUUCUGUGGAAAUACAUCAAAGCUCUUCAGGGAAUAUGUUGAUUUUAAUAUUUGAUGGGACAGUUUCCUGCUCACCCACAUUCUUUUGGUUGAUGUUUCUGCUUAGUUACAUGUUGUAACUUGGUAAUGUUGUGUAUUUGAUGUGUCUAACCAAAGAGGUGAGAGAUACUUUAGAGAUUCAGGUUUUACAUAGCUGCUGCUUGGAGCACCACCAUGGGAUUUUCCUGUCCGUUGAACAUCAGCAACAGCCUGCAAUAGUCAUUCUCAAAUCUUUCAUUCCUGAACUCUCUUCUGUCUGUAUGCCCAUCCUUCCUAUGACGUCACAUGGAGAGUCACCAGCAUAUGAUGUCAUGGAGCAUCACCAGCCUAUAAUGUCACACGGGGCAUCACCAAAGUGAAGCUCAGAAUUCGGACGGUCGCCAGCUUGAAGAACAGGACCACAGGAAUCUAAUCACAUUCCAGUCCCACAUUCCAGGUGCAGCUCUGGUGCGUAUAUGGUAAACGGUCAUGUCUAGCUUUCGCCUCCUUUCUUUCCCUGUUCGCUGCAUGGUAGCUGCAGAUACCACAGUGACACUACGCUGAAGCCCUGUUGCUUUUGCUUGUUUUUAGUCUUUGAAAAACAUGGAGGCAACUCAACAGGCUUCUGCACCACAUGUUGAGACAAUUCCUAAAGUCUAGGCUGUAAAUUCCAGACCCUCUGAACCAAACAGUACUCAUUUUUGGUCCUGCGUGCUAGAGCGCUCCGUUUCCUGUCAGCUUAACACCUCUUAUUUGGAAUAUUUAAGAACAUAAUUAUCUGUUAUGUUGUGGUUCCUUUUUUGUGAUUCUCGGGUCUAUCCACUAAGUAUCAUUAUUUUCAGGGAUUUUGAUUAAAUAACCAUAUCUGGUUUUGAGCAAUAUUGUGGUUUAAUAACGGACUAAUUGGGGCAAUUUGGAGUUGAGUUCACUCAGAAUAGCACCGUAGCAGCCUAUGCCCUGGCGUGAUGAAUGAGUACUGCUUCUGAUUACUAGUUUAUUUGACAAAGAGAAUGCACAUUAAUAACACUUCUGUAAAUGUGCCAGAGUUAGCCAGGCAGGGCCUACAUGUCUUUGGAUUGUGGGAGGAAAGCUUGAGGAAACCCACUCUGGCCCAAGAACAUGCAAACUCCACGUAGAGAGGAUCAGGGCUGGCUGGACUCAAACCCACAACCUCCUUGCGAGGUAUCAGUGCUAAAUGUUGUGCCACCAUGCUGCCCUAUGCUGUAUGCUGCUGCACUAUGCUGUACCUUUGACUGAACAUUGAUCAACUGUAGUUUCUGCCAGUGCUCCAUAGGCCAGUGCAUAAUUUGCUGUAGUGUCGCCCAAUGAAUGGGGCAAAGGUUUUAGACAUGCAAGGGCAUCUCAUGCUUGAUUGGGUGCCUGUAGUCUGUUUGUUUCGGCUGUAGAAGGCCUCCAGUCCUCUGCCACGUAAGCCACAGGGAUCAGCCCGUGGAUUACUCAAAUCUGGCAAUAUGCUUUUUGCAUUUCCUAAAUUAAAAAAAUACUUAACAAGGGAUUGAAAUAUGCAUUAAAAAAAAAAAAAAAUUCAAAUUUUAAUAUUGCUUGCCUCUACAUGUCUGUUUUUACAACUCUCAAGCACUUUUCAUCUGCUGUGUAUGAAUGAUUUGAUUGGUUUAGCAUGCCUUGUUAUUAUCAAAUCAGAAUUCUUGUUUUACGCACAGCUUUGCAUAAAAGCUGCGAUUGCCUGCUUGAGGAAAAAUUAUUCUGAAAAGAACAGCUCUCCUAAAAAAAAAAAAUAAUAAUAUCACAGUUUAAGCAGAAUUAUGAUGUGGGUAUGAUUGUGCACUUUGCACUGCAGAAAUGUACAAGUUCUUCACCUUGCCAACAAAAACGUAUCACUUAUUGUAUAAACCUGAAGAUAAAACUCACACAAGAUCUUCAGGAUGCAAAUUGAAGUUCCUGAAAUGGCAGCUUCUUUAAUGAAAUGUAUGUGGAAAGACCUGUAUGAUUGCAACAGUGCUUUAUAUGGAGUGAAGCAUGUGUGGUUACAUUGCCUGUGUGCUCUUAUUUUGACUGUUUCAUUGUUUUCCUAUUUUUAAAUAUAUUUUUUAAAGAAUUGUGUUAUUUUUAAAGGUACAAAUGCCAAGAAAGAACUGGAAGGGUGUACACUUUAUAUAUUGUACCCUGUGGGGUGAUUAAUCUUUGCAGAUCCUGGCUCAGCUCUUCUCCCAGUGAGGAGAAAUCAAAACCAUUUUUUGGGAGAUUAUAUAUUAAAGAGUUUAAAUCUGAAGCAGUACCACCAUGCAAUUGAAAGCUAUUAAAAAUGUAUUAUAAUGAAAUUGUGACAAUCUGUACCAAAAUGUGUAUGCAACAGUGGAUUCCUGGAAAGGCGAGCUCACCCUGGCCCCACCCUGCAGGCCAGAUAGGAUUCUGUUACACUGGAGCACUUAACCGUCCAGUUCAGUUCAUCCACAACUUCUGAGCUGAACUUCUGUCUUAACCCUUUGAAAGUAGGUUUUAUGGAGUGUUUUUUUUUUUUUUACAUUGUAAUUGAGUGAACUCAAUUGCUUUCAAUUACAAUACAUCAGCAUUAGAAUGGUCAGCUAAGAACAUAAGAACGUAAUCACACAUUUGUGAUCUCACGACUUAAAAGGGUUAAGUUCUGUGAGUAUUGAAAGUUGUUCUUCUAAAGAUGUCACUUAAGCCCUGACACCUGUUUUAUUGUGGGCAGCAAUCCAAGCCAUCACUUAACUGAAUGUAACGUUGUUACAUGACGCAUAAUGUAAUAAUAUCCUUUAUAUUACUUGCUCAGUACGGCUAAUUACACUUUUUUGUUUUUUUUUAUAUGCACAAUAUUUCACUUUUUAAGCAUUGCUAAGAAUCUAGACAGUGUGAUUUACUUCUUUAAACUUGCAAAACUAAAUCUUUUUUAGCAAGGCUUCGACACUUCUUUGUAUAUACAUGCAGCAGAGCCUUCCUUGAACAUGCUGUAGUGAUGUGAUUGCGUAGUGUGAGUGAUGUUUUGAAAUGCUAAAUCAAUGCAGUCUUUACCCUUACCAUUUGUGCCAUAGAGGGACAAAGCUGUUUUUGUAAAUAAUCUGUCUUUUUUUUUUUAUUUGCAUGAUGAACUGUUAUAUGAAAUUUUAUUUUUUAAUUUUGUUUGCCUUGAAUGGUCAGGAUGUUUUUUACAGGAAAGUGUUGGAGGAAAAAGAAAAGUAAUUUGUGUGGAUGUGACAUGUUGUUUGUCACUGCCUGUUUGAUGUUCUGGAUGGGAAACCUGUAGGCAGAGGAGACGAUCAUGCAGUCCGUGUUAGAAGUGUCCGCUGUGGCUCUUUCACAAUCAGGAUGAGGCAAAUUUGGAAAGAAUCCAAGCCUGCACAGACUCUUUCCACAUCUCUCUGCUAAUGUUUUAUUGUGUCAGUAAAUGCAGUGCAUGUCAUAGGCUCUGUAGUCCUGGGUUUUUUCCCAUUAAAAACUCCUGACAGACAAGCAUACUGAUAGGCUCACUAUGCUGAACUAUGCACUGUUCAGUAGCGUGAUAUGUCUGGUGUGGGGCGUAGGGUGUAAAUAGCACAUUUUGGUUUCUGAGGGACAGUCUGUCUGCUGUUCAGGAAAGGGGCCAUCACAGGAGAGCUGAGAGUAAGCAAAAAUAUUUCACUGUUUGUAUAGUCACACCAUUUGGAGACAAGAAUGUAGACCCAACGGUAGGCUAUGUGGAAAGUGGAAGUCAUGGCAACCAAGUUCUCCCCCCUGAAACAGUGAGAGACCACAUUUAAUUUCCUAUUUGGGGUCAGAUGUCACAUGACUUCUGUCCAGGGCAGCAGUGUUUGGUAUGUUGUAGAACUUGGCUUGCACUCUUUGUCUCCUGAUUGGCCUAGUCCUGAUGUGGUCAUAAUGUGAGAGCAGUCCCACCCAUGUGUGGCCAGUUUUGACCAGUCAUGCAGUCGGGAGGCUUUUGCAAAUUAUAAGAUGGAGCCUUUUUCUUAUCCAGUUCCCUAAACCAUAGUGACAUUUUAAGAGAGCUGUAAAAUGUGCCAGACUGUGUCUGUCUUUGCUCAGGAUUCUGGAUCACAAAUGGUUGUUUUCAGCUCCAUUUAGACCAUGACACAUCAGGCAGGGCUGUUACACAAUAACGGCUUAGUUAAAUUCUACUGCCACUUACUGCAGUAAACAGGAAUGAGCCUCCACUCCCUGACAUCCGAGUAGAAGUGAGCUGUCUUCUUGCUUCUUAAUCACAAGCGUUAAAUGUGUCCCAACUCCGUUCCUUUUGGGUCACAUGUAUGUUGGUCUGUCCACAUACCUCCAUUGGCCCAAUUAUUCUGUACACUUGUAUUGUUUGCUUCCGUUGGUCAAAUUAUUUAAUCCUAUAGUUGUAUUAAUGCCUCAGUAACACUACAGUAGGCUAUUUCUUGAGGGUACAGUGCAGCUUAAGUGCAUCUUGGGCUGUGUUUCACAUUAGACAAGCUUAAUAUUUAUAGGCUUUGGAGUAAAAAAAAAAAAAAAAAAAACCCAUUAUGAGCAUGGGCAUCUGAGAACUGGAAAUUGGAAAUCUUCCCAACCCUUACACAAUAAAUAUACUGUUCUGAUUGUCUUUCUGCCUUCAGUAGAUGCUGUUUGAAUGUGGCCUUGUGCUUUUAAUUUAUAUUUUUUAUGGUUAACCAACAUAUACAAUUUGUGUACCUGUCCAUCAGACGAGAAAGAAGAUUGUUUCUUUGAAGUGAGGAUUCAAAUGUUGGUAGGCUUUCAAAAGCAUUCAAUAAAACACCACUGUUUAGAA